ACUGGAGGCGGCCACUGUUUGUGGCUGUAAAACAUACUUAAAUACACCUUCCCCUAGAGAUGAGACAUUUUGGCCUGAGCUCCCAGCACGCAGCAGCUAUGAGUGUGAGAGUGAUCAUCCUGUUGGUCCAAUGCCUAUUGGGCUCCAGUCUAGCGAUGCAAUGUCAGGAAGUUGCGGGGAGACUGAAACAGAUUGAUGCAAGCGUGGGUCAGGUGUUCGGCGUGACGGACAACAAUCUCAUCUUUACCCUUUAUGGGGACCGUUGGACCCAGGUACCUGGGUCCCUGAAGCAUGUUACUGUGGGGCCUUCUGGGGUCUGGGGGGUCAACCAGAACAAUGCCAUCUACAAACUGGUGGGAGCAACCUGGGUACAGGUGCCAGGCCUAUUGACCCAAGUGGAUGCAGGGGGAGACCAGUUUGUGGCAGGGGUCAACAUGUAUGAUGCCAUAUACUGCCUGGGACGGAACCCCACCGUGGGGUACAGUGGUGCUGGCUCCCCCACCCCCUGGCAGCAACUCCCAGGGGCCCUCGUGUACUACAGCUGUGGGCCCAAUGGCUGCUGGGGUGUCAACAGAGGCCAGGAUAUUUAUGUAAUGAAGGGAGUGACCCCGACAGCAUGCAUGGGCAGUCUGAACUGGCAGCACAUUCCGGGGAAGCUGGUUAUGAUCGAGGUGGGGACUGAGGGCAGUGUGUACGGAGUCAACGCUGGAGGGGAUGUAUACCGCAGAGACGGUAUCACUGCCAGCAAUCCGGCAGGCACCGACUGGACCCUCCUGAGCGCGUGCGGCAAGAGCAAGCACGUUAGCUACGACCUGGGGCACCUGUGGGUGAUCACCCGGGAUGACAGGAUCCUGGACUGUGUCGUCUGAGCGUCUGUGGCAGCGCAGUCUCAUUACCCUGCCGCAAAUUCACCACAUUAAACUCUCAGCAUUAAAUAAAGCGCGUCGCCCUCUACUGUAUGCAUCCUAAUUGUCCUAUGCACCUUCAACGGUGUGGCAUUCUGCGUUUAGCUUAAUAACAUCGCAUAAUUCAGUGAACGUAGUAAGUGCAUACAUGCGGUAAUAAGGUGUAACUCUGCAAACGGAAAACCUUCAAGUGGAAUUGUCAGAGUACUAUGACUCUUCUCUUU